GGCUGUGUGAGUAUGAUUCUUUAUCUGUUUCAUAGAUAUUUCCGUACCUGUUUUUAUGAGAUCUAACGUACAACUCUUCUUCUUUCCAGUGAUCUGUGUGUUAUUCCUGCUGGGUGCAUAUGUUCAAGAUGUGGAUUCACUGAUUCUCCGUCUUGAACCAAACAGACUGCAGUUCUUUGACUACGAUUCUCUGAUCUUCCAUUGUGAGGGCUCUCAUGACCCGACUGGAUUGAAAAUUGUACAUCGGUCCAAAGGGGAAUUACUCAGAUGUCAAACUACAGUGACAUCAAAAAGGUCAUCCUGCACUAUUCCUAUUAUAUUUCCAGAGGACAGUGGGCAAUACUGGUGUGAGUCCGGAGAUGGGAAGAGAAGCGACAUCAUCCAUAUCACUGUUACUGAUUCACUGAUUCUCCGUCUUGAACCAAACAGACUGCAGUUCUUUGAAUACGAGUCUCUGAUCUUCCAUUGUGAGGGCUCUCAUGACUCGACUGGAUUGAAAAUUGUACAUCGGUCCAAAGGGGAAUUACUCAAAUGUAGAACUACAGUGACAUCAAAAAGGUCAUCCUGCACUAUUCCUAAUAUUUUUCCAGAGGACAGUGGGCAAUACUGGUGUGAGUCCAGAGAUAGGAACAGAAGCGACAUCAUCCAUAUCACUGUUACUGAUGGUCCUGUGAUCCUGGAGAGUCCCAUCAGUGUGGUGGAGGGAGAGACUGUGACUCUGCGCUGCAGACACAAGACGACCUCAUCCAAUCUCUCAGCUGAUUUCUACAAAGAUGGCCGCCUUAUCAGAAGAAGCUCUGCAGGAAACAUGAGCAUCCCCAGUGUUUCCAAAUGUGAUGAAGGAUUCUACAAGUGCAUCUCUGGAGGAAGAGAAUCAGCCGAGAGUCUGAUGGCUGUUCAAGGUGAGACACAUCAGUGUUACCAAAUCAAAUUGAAAAAUACAUGUGAUAUAACUAUGUGUUGAAACAGUAUAUUGAUUGAUUUGAAAAGGACAGCGUACAUUAAUCAACAUACAGACGGAUGUAAAUGUACUUCCA